UCCCAUUUUGUAGAGAUGAUGGGGAGAUCGCCGGCGAGUGAAGAUAAUGGCCUUAAGAAAGGGCCGUGGAUGCCCGAGGAGGACCGGAUUCUCGUCGAUCACAUUCGGAAACACGGGCACGGAAGUUGGAGAGAACUUCCGAGUUUGGCCGGAUUGAACCGGUGUGGCAAAAGUUGUAGGCUCCGAUGGACUAAUUAUCUCCGGCCGGAUAUCAAGAGAGGCAAGUUCUCCGACGAGGAAGAGCAAACCAUCGUCAAUCUUCACGCGGUUAUUGGCAAUAAGUGGUCUGCGAUAGCGAGUCAUCUCCCCGGAAGAACGGAUAACGAGAUCAAAAAUUUCUGGAACACGCAUUUGAGGAAGAAGCUACUUCAAAUGGGGAUCGAUCCGGUGACUCAUAAGCCGAGAACCGAUCAUCUCGACGUUCUAGCUAGCCUGCUACAGUUGCUUGCUGCGGCCAACUUCAAUAACUUGUUGAACAAUCAACCUCUGGAUAUCAAUGCUCUAAGGCUACAAUGGGAUGCCGCAAUGCUGGCCAAGCUCCAUUUGUUGCAUAACAUGGUCCAAGUCCUCCGUAACCCUUCGACGAUCGAAGCGAUGAACCUUAUAUCCGGACCGACUUUCCGGGAAAAUCAUCAGCUCGAAGCGAAUACCGGUAACCUUCCAUACGGCGGCUUCUCCCCGCAUGAAGUUACGAAACUACAGUCGAAUUUUAUCGACUUAGAGGCUUGUCAACAACAACAUCAGCCAAUGAAAGACUCAUCAUUUACUGUUAAUGUUCCGACUUCGAGUACUCCUCCUCCUCAUCAGCUCCCGGCAUUGAUCUCGGCCUCGCCGGAAUGUCGACCCGCCAUCGUCAAAAACAAGAUUAACCCGAACGAGAUCUCUAAUCCUUCAUCCACGUCAACUAACUUCGAAGCCUGGGGAGAUUUCAUGGAGGAUAUAGCAAGUGACCAUUACUGGAGGGAUAUUAUAGAGUAA